UUCUAAAGUUAUCAUACUGGUGAAGACAGCUUGUUUCCAUAAAAUUUUUGUACAAAACAGAGCAAAGUUUGGUUUUUAAACCUGUAAAUUGGGUUAUUUUUUCACCUCUAAAUUUUGAAGCGUUUAGUUCUAUUUUCAUCGAUAUGGAUCAGUCGAACUUUGAGGUAUCGAUGGUCGAUGGUCAGACGGAGUCCAAGGACCCAAGAAGGGCGACGACGACAACCCAGACGUUUCCCGGGGCAUUAGAAACCGAUUCCGGAUUCAGUUGGGCGGUAAGCAGCGAAACCUCCGUGCAGCCAGUGGCCACGCCCUGUCUGCUCCGCCUCCGAUUGUCGCCGCAGAGGGUUACGUCGACCGAACGUCACGUCGGCUUCCAUGCUGGCGUUAUCGAUAACGAGCACAUGAAUCGGCGCAAAUCGAAGUGCUGCUGCAUCUAUCGAAAGCCGCAUCCUUUCGGCGAGAGCUCGUCCUCCACGGACGACGAGUGCGAACACUGUUUCGGUCAUCCGGAGGUGAGAGCUCGCAAUCGCCUGGAAAAGCAGCGCAGGCAGGCGCAGCAAAACGGGUGCAGCUGCUGUCAUCAUCACCAUCAUACACGCAGUAAUCGGAAUAAUCGACCGCCAAUCGAAGAGAUCGCACAGCAUAAGGACGAUAAACAAGCCGAAGGGGAAGAGAAAUCGGUUGUUAAUACUAAAAGCCCUUUACAUCUUUUAAAGGAGAAGACUGUUAAAUCAUCUAAUUAUCCUCAGUGUAGGCCAGAAAAAAAAUAAUACAAAUUUCCACUUCGAGUAACUUUUGUACAGAUUAA